UAUCCAGUCUUCAACAUCGGUAAUUGUUAAAAUGACAGAUUGAGCACCUUGUACAUCAGAUUUGUGCCCACAAAUAACCUCAUCUCUCCGUGAUACACCGUAAUACCAAAACGCCAACUCACCCAUCGUGUCGCCAAGCUCCAAACCUCCGGACCCGACGGAACGGGACCAACACCAGGUGCCUCCUCUCAGAGCGGAAUAAGGGCUACAAUUCUCACUCCAAACCCGCCCGUCCAUAGGUGACACCCGAACCCGAAGAUCUGGUGCAACCACACUCUGCAUUCCUGGGACUCUACCAAGGUAAAUCAUGCAGAGGGACCAAUGUUCGAUCACAUGCAUGUAACAGUGCGGAGUGGCAUUACAGUAGUGUACAUGAUGUAACACUGACUCAGUACCACCAAACGAUCCUUCUUGCCUACGUAUUUGUACUUGUACGUAGUUGCAGCCUCAAAAGUACUGCCUUGUUGUUCCGUCCUACCGCACCAGUAUUCGGACAAAGACAAGGGCAAGGCCAGCAGAUAAGGCGAUUCCGCAUCAUAUUGAAUUUACCAUUUCACAAAACCCUGCGUCGAUCAAAAAAGCUUAGCCGUAUUUGCUCCCAAUUUCCUCCAAUCUCCAGCUCCAGAUCGAUCCGAGCCCGAAGGAACGAUAAGACCCGGCAGAGCUUCACCUCAACCUCUCCCCUCCUUUGACUUCUCGAGCCAUUCCUUCUCCCACUCCGCUCCACAACCAAAACCCUCCCAGUUCCUCGAAAUCACAACUACAGACAACAAACGGCCCGCUUAGUGCAGCACCUCGAAGCAACAAUGACAGGACCUUGCGCAGACUGCUUCAAAGGCAGUAUCCACACCGGGACCCCCACUGGCACCGUAGCUGAGAUUCAUGGCCUCCAAACAUACAUAGCUUACCCUGAAGCUGGCGUUACACCCAAAGGCAUAGUCGUCAUGAUCACCGACGCAUUUGGGUACGAUUUCGUGAACAAUCGCAUGCUCUGCGACGUCUAUGCGAAGAAAGGUGGAUUCCUCGUCUACUGCCCCGAUUUCAUGAACGGUCACGCAAUGUCCUCGAAGUGUUUACUUCUAAUGGAGAAGCUCAUGGCGCCAGCCUCAAUUCUUACAUCCAUCAUCUACAAGCCCAUCUACGCCAUCCAAGCAAUGUACUACGCGCUCCCGUGGAUGCUCACCACCCGUCCAGGCGUCUGCCGUCCCAGAAUCCUCAAAUUCUUCCAAGACCUCCGCACCUCUCCCCCACCAUUUGAAACAACCUCCCUCAAAAUCGGCGUUUGUGGUUUCUGCUGGGGCGGUCAACACGUCUUCAUGCUCUCAGCGGACAAGCCCUCUCACCGCGUAAAGCGCUACACCUCCCAAGUCCCAAGCACCGCAACCUCCUCAAACUCAACCGAAGACGCCCUCCCCCUCAUCGACUGCGCAUUUACCGCCCACCCAUCCUUCGUCAAGGUCCCCAGCGACGUCGAAGCCGUGACCGUGCCCCUCAGCGUCGCAGUCGGCGAGACGGACAUGGCUAUGAAAGGACCACUGAUCAGACAGAUGAAGGAGAUCCUCGAGGUCAAGAAGAAGGGCGAUAAUGAGGUUGUGGUUAUGCCUGGUGCGAAGCAUGGCUUUGCUGUUAGAGCUGUGCCGGAUGAUGGGUUGCAGAGAGGUUGGGCGGAUAAGGCUGAAAAGCAGGCGAUUGACUGGUUUACGAAGUACCUUGCUUGAGCUUUGGGCUUCAGUUGUCUUGUUCUGGUUCUUGAAUCAAUCGGAACUGGAUGUCACGUUGCUUUUGUUUGCUGAGCUGAACUGUCCUGAAUUGCGUGGGUGUUGGGCGUUCUUUGGGUGGGGUAUAUCAUGGAUUCAUGUCUGGUCUAGUUUGGAGUUCUUCAACGGCCUGCUCUUCUUGGAGGGGAUCUGGGGAUCAAGUACCCAGUACUGAUCCACAGGUAGUCAGGAUACCUACCUAAGUCUAUGAAAGAUGGAUUGGGCUGACGACAUAAUGAAUGGGGCAUGGAUUUGAUGGGACAAUGAAAUUCUGCUGAAUGGCUUCCUACAUCGAGUUGCGUGUUGUAGGUAGCAAUCAAAACUAAUGAAUGAACAGUAAUUUGA